AGUAACACCAAAAUUUACCUAACCCUUCCCCAGUUGCAUCCUGCAAUUUCUCAACGUCUCUCUCUCUCUCUCCCUCUCUCUCUGCUCUUAAAAAAAAUGCUAUAAUUGGAUCACGUCCUUGGCUGGAUCUAAUAUUUUAAGCACCCUUUUGGCUAAAGCCACCCAGAAUUCACGUGCCUUUGAAACAGAAAUUUGUUUCAACAAAAAAGAUAUAUAGUAAGUAAGAUAAGAUAAACUUUGCAGAGCAUUAUUAUAUUUUAAUAUUUAUAUGUAUAUAUACAGGGAAGUUCUCAAGGAAUAAUGGUGGUGAAUUAGAGAAUUUAGAAGGGCAAUUUCUUCUUUUUUGUUUUUUCUUUUGAGAGGAAUCUUUGGGAUUCCCUGACAGACAAUGGGAAAUAAGGCUUGGUUUUCAGUGGUGGUGGGAUUUGUGUGGUUGAUUUUGGUCAAUGUUAAUAAUGUUGGGGCUUACCCAGUUGAGGAUCUGGUAGUGAAAUUGCCUGGCCAGCCAAAAGUAAGCUUCAGUCAAUAUGCUGGUUAUGUUGAUGUUGAUUUCAAUGCUGGGAGGAGCUUGUUUUACUACUUUGUUGAAGCUGACAAUGAGCCUCACAAGAAGCCCCUAACUCUCUGGCUCAAUGGAGGUCCAGGGUGUUCCUCUGUUGGUGGAGGCGCCUUCACAGAAUUGGGUCCAUUUUAUCCGACUGGUGAUGGUCGAGGCCUUCACAGAAAUUCAAUGUCAUGGAACAGAGCAUCAAAUCUCCUUUUUGUUGAGUCUCCUGCUGGUGUUGGAUGGUCAUACUCAAACACCACUUCAGAUUAUAAUUCCGGGGACGCUGCUGCGGCCAAUGAUAUGCGCGAGUUCAUGCUGAAGUGGUUAGAGAAAUUUCCGACUUAUAAGUCUAGAGAUUUGUUUCUUACUGGAGAAAGCUAUGCAGGGCACUAUAUACCUCAAUUAGCUAUUGCUUUAUUGGAUUACAAUGAACAUUCAACUGGUUUCAAGUUCAAUCUAAAAGGAGUCGCCAUUGGGAAUCCACUCCUAAGACUUGACCGGGAUAUUCCUGCUUCAUACGAAUUCUUUUGGUCACAUGGAAUGAUUUCUGAUGAGCUUGGACUUACAAUCAUGAAUGAAUGCGAUUUUGAUGAUUAUUCCCUUGAAACUCCACACAAUGUAACCGAGUCAUGCACCAAUGCCACAACUGAAGCGAACCAAAUAGUUGGUGACUACAUAGACCAGUACGACGUCAUCCUAGAUGUUUGUUAUCCGUCCAUUGUCGAGCAAGAGCUGAGGCUGCGUAAACUGGCUACUAAGAUAAGUCUCGGUGUUGAUGUGUGUAUGAGUUACGAAAGGCGUUUCUAUUUCAACCUUCCCGAGGUUCAGCAUGCUCUUCACGCGAAUCGGACAAAGUUACCUUAUCCUUGGAGCAUGUGUAGUCGAGUUUUAAAUUAUAAUGAAACUGAUGGUAACAUAAACAUUCUGCCCUUGCUCAAAAGGAUAGUUCAAAAUCACAUACCAGUUUGGGUUUUCAGUGGAGACCAAGAUUCCGUUGUGCCAUUGCUGGGAUCCCGGACCCUCAUCCGCGAACUAGCACACGAGCUAAAAUUCAAGAUCACGGUCCCAUAUGGAGCUUGGUUUCACAAAGGCCAGGUCGGAGGUUGGGCUACCGAAUACGGAAACCUACUGACUUUUGCCACAGUGAGGGGUGCUUCUCAUAUGGUGCCAUUUGCACAACCUUCAAGAGCAUUGCAUCUGUUCAGCUCAUUUGUGCAUGGCCGGAGGUUGCCAAACAACACACGUCCUUCAAUUGACGAUUGACAAAAGACUUAAGAUGCAGAGACACAACUUUAGUAAUUGGUAGUAUUUUUUGUGAUUUUUUUUUUUUUUUUUUUCCAAAAGAUAUAGAAUUUUGCUCUUCAUAGGUCAAUAAGGAAUAUGGUUACUGGUGAUUAGUUUUCAGGAAAUGUGAUUGAAAGAAAAAUUGGAAAACAGUUCCAAUUAUAUCAUCCAACAGAGGUAGUUUGAUUUAGGAAUUUCCACAUUAUUCUUUAUGCUGAGAGACAGAUUAACCAUAUUUGUUCACAAGCUCUUUUUGCUUGUAGAAAAUUGAAGAAGCAUUUUAAUUUAUGUUUUAUGAAA